AUGCCUAAUCACAUUCUUGGACUCGACACAUUUCACAUUCCAAGAUUUUCACAAUCUGGAGAGAAAGAAAGUGAAGAUAAUUCAACAAAUAGAGCUCCUCAUAUCUCUGUCACCCAUGUCUACGAAGCCAUUGUCGCUGGUUUCUCUCGCCAUGUAACGGUAACAUGGAACAAAACCCUAAUGAACUAUUCGCUUACAAUAAGUGUGGAAAAUCUUUCCAAUGAAAAUCAUUAUAUUUGCAAGAUUGAUUUAAAGGGUUGGCAAUUUUGGGGUAAAAAGGGUUUAAAAUCCCUCCUUGUAGAUGGAAAAAGAGUAGAAAUUUAUUGGGAUUUCCGGCAAGUUAAAUUUUCGAGGAAUCCCGAACCUGUCUCAGAUUAUUAUGUGGCAUUGGUGUAUGGAGAAGAAGUGGUUUUAACAUUAGGAGAUUUAAAGAAAGAUGCCUACAAAAGAACUAAGAGAAAACCAUCUUUAGAGGAACCUAUCUUGUUAUGCAAGAAAGAAAAUGUUUAUGGCAAGAGAAUAUUUUGCACCAAAGCAAAGCUAGAAGAUGACAAGAUAGAACAUGAUAUUGUGAUUGAAAUGUCAUAUGGGUUAGAUGAACCUGAGCUUUGGAUUAGCAUUGACAGCUUUGAGGUAAUUCGUAUUAUGAACUUACAUUGGAAAUUUAGAGGGAAUGAGAAAGUGACAAUGAGGAAUAAUUUUGAGGUAGAAAUUUUCUGGGAUGUGCAUGAUUGGUUGUAUAGUAGCUCUCUAUCUACAAGCAGCAACCAUGGAUUAUUCAUUUUCAAGCCAAUAAAUGAUAGUAUAGACAGAGAUGAUACCUUCCAUGACAAAAAUAAUGGUCUGAGAUAUUAUGACUCGCCACGGGAGAUUUUACCUACUUCAGAUUAUUUUCAUGUUGUUUAUGCUUGGAAAUUUGAGUAAGGCAAGGUUGGAAAAAAUUAGGUUUUAUUUUUACCGUCUUAUUCUACAUUUAUCAUGUUUGAAAUCGACAAGAUACACACAGGGAAAAUUUUGAA